AUGUUGGACCCAAGAUCCGAAAUCUACCCCACCAUAGAGUAUCGCCCCAUCCAGCCCUCCGACCUCGAGGUUCUUGAGAAGAUUCAUCUCUCGCUGUUUCCUAUAAGGUACGAGAGAGAGUUCUUCUUGAACGUUGUCAAUGGUAAUGGUGUCAUUUCGUGGGGUGCUGUGGACACUAGCAGAUCGGAUGAAGGCAGGGAUGAGCUGAUAGGCUUUGUGACCACGAGGAUGAUUGCAGCAAAAGAUAGCGAGAUCGAGGAUUUAUUUAGAUAUAACAACUCGCACAAAGAUCUAACACUUCUUUAUAUCCUGACGCUUGGUGUAGUGGAUAGCUACAGAAACCUCGGCAUAGCUUCUUCGCUUGUUCGAGAGGUGAUUAAACAUGCUGCAAGUGUAUCAAAUUGCAGGGGUGUUUAUUUACAUGUCAUCUCAUAUAACCAGCCUGCAAUUAACUUUUACAAGAAGAUGCUAUUUAAGCUAGUCAGAAGACUUCCGAUGUUCUACUACAUAAGAGGGCAGCAUUAUGACUCAUACUUGUUUGUGUAUUAUGUCAAUGGGGGGCGUACGCCUUGUUCACCACUCUUAAACUCGCAUAUUGGACUUUUGCCUCCUUCUGCAACUUUUGGUGUUGCCUCUCGUGAAUACAUUAUUAGGGAGAUUGUAACUUCAUUUGUUGUUGACUUCAGGGCUUUCCUAAAGAUGCUGGUUGGCAAGAUCUGGAGCAAAGAGGAAAAGAGUAUCCCGAGAUGGUCCCGUUGUAAGGAAUCAACCACUCUAUUGACCUCACAGAAUAAUAAUAGUAAUAAUAAAAGGAUCAUAGCUGCUGAAGAUUCAAGAUGUCAUGUGUAA